AUGGACCCUACCCAUCCAUAUGCCAAAGAACUUGAACUAGCAUGUUUAACGGUUCAGAGAGCGGCACUCCUCACGAAAAAGCUCCUUGCGGCCGUCGACAAGGGAUCGUUUGACAAAAGCGAUGACACCCCAGUGACAAUUGCUGAUUUUGCUGCUCAAUCUCUGAUCAUUGCUGCUGUUCACCACAUCUUCCCUGAAGAUGAUAUCGUGGGCGAGGAAGAUGCAAAAGCCCUGCGAGCGGAGCCCGAUCUUUGUGAAAGAACCUGGGAGUUAGUUUCCUCUACCCGUCUUGAAGAUGAGGAGAGUGAAGCUUUGCUUUAUGCGCCUAAAACGAAAGACGAGAUGCUUGAGUUGAUUGAUCUUGGGGCUCAGGGUAGCUGCAAACCGACCGGUCGUUCAUGGGUUUUGGAUCCAGUGGAUGGCACGGCAACCUUUAUCCGGGGUCAGCAAUACGCCGUUUGUCUAGCACUUGUGGAAGACGGACAGCAAAAGAUCGGUGUUAUAGGCUGCCCCAACCUCAACCUAGAAACGGGCCGCAUCCACGAGGAUAUAGCGGAUCGAACCGGGUAUGGUUAUCAGGUGUUUGCCGUUGCCGGUCAGGGUGCAUGGAUUCGGAAAAUGGGCACCGGAGCUCUGCUGCCUGCUCGCAAAAUCGAGCCUAAGAAGCAGAUCACAGACCCCAAGGAAAUUGAUUUUGUCGACUGUGUUGCAGCCACAUCGUCCGAUUACGCUAUGCAUGGGCGCCUUGCAUCCCAUUUAGGGGCAUCCUGGCCGCCCCCAACUAGUCUCUGGUCGGCGCAACUGCGAUAUAUUGCCAUCGCCGUCGGAGGGUGUAAUGUGCUCAUUAAGAUCCCGCGCAAGGCUUCUUAUCGCUCCAAGAUUUGGGACCAUGCAGGCGGUAUGCUGAUCGCCCAGGAGCUGGGAUGUGUUGUCAGCGAUUUGGAGGGUAAUCCGGUCGACUGCAGCCUAGGGAGAACACUCGCGGGGUGCCAUGGAAUGAUAAUUGCCCCUGCUUCCAUCCACCGCAGGCUUGUUGAGGCUGUGAAACAAAUCCUGUGA